GCGCGCUUCACGGGCAAUGCUGCACCACAGCGGCGGGGGUCGCGAGGCGGGGGCGGCGAUGUCACUGUCACCGGGCCGAGGGGACUCAACGCUGCACGUCGCCGCCCUAGGAUCAGGGCUCCAGCGGAGAAAGUCCGCGGCCCCGCAGCGAGCGAUGCCGGCCGGAGCCGGAUCUUCGGAGUCGACAGGGCUGGGCCGGGAGCUGCAGGCGGCGGGUGGUGGCCGGAACUCACCACGCCCGCCAGCCGCGCCCCGCUGCCUCCGGCAGCGCAGCCUCAGCCGCCCACCCAGCGGGCGCGCAACCGCCCGCCCGCCACUUCCGGCGCGCGAGGAAAUGAGGCCGCUGGCCCCGCCCACCGCCGCCUGCCGGCCGCCGCUGUGGGCUAGCUCUGACCCGUCCCGCCCCGCCCACACCAGGCCUCGCCCACACCACGCUUUGCCUCCUCCUGGCGCCUCUCACACCAGACCCCGCACAGUCGGCUCCCCACCCAGUGCUGCCCGCCUCUGUGCACCCCAGGCUCCCGCCCACUGCACCCGGUUCUACCUGCUGCCAAGUGGCCCCGCCCACUUGCAACCGCCUAGCCCUGCCCAACCCCAUCGGCCCCGCCCACCCCACACGCCCUGUGCCAGGCACAGGUAGCUCAGUAGUGGGCGCUUACUUUCCUUUGGGUACGUUGGGAAACUCGUGGGUAUGGACCUUGACAAAUGGUUUGCAGGGACCAACAGGGCUUCUGAGCCAGCGCCUGCAGGUUUGAGUUAGCCGGUGCCCUCGGGAGCUGCAAGGCACCUCGGAGCUGGGGCCUCGAGAUCCAGGCCUCAGCGCCUGGUGUGGGCAAAUAGAAGAGGUGCUGUGCUAGGACCGGGCUUCUCGGGUGAGCCCAGCGUGGCCCUACCGCGCCUGCUCCCACGAGCCUCCAUUGCCUCAGUUUCCUGAACUGGGUUUGGGGAGCGAACAGUAAAAUUGUGAGGCUGGGUUGCAAUUCCAUAUUGAAGUGCCGGUGCUGUUCCCGGCUGGUAGCCGCACAGAUCGCGGUGGGUGGUAUUGGAGGGGAGGGCGGGGUGACUGGAUGCCCCCAGGAGUUUAAUGAGCAGAGCAGCUUUGUUCCUAGCCAUGCUGCUCUCCUUGGCUGGUACUUGCUGGUGUCUUUAACCUGGAUGUUCACAGUGCCCUGUGGGAAGCCCUGGGCGCUGAGAGUCCUACUCAAAGCCAGGCUGGCUGGGUGUCCAGUUGUUCAGUCUCUUCCAACUCCAGGGCCUCAUAUUCUCUCUCUCCUUUCUGAACAACUGUAAGCAUUUACGGGUCCCACACCUCUUCCCCCAGCCUGGGCCAAGGGUCAAGAAUCGACCCUGUCACAGCCAGCCCUGGCCCAGGAGCUCUCAGUGAUGAGGACCAGAGUGUUCCCACCUCCAGUCCCUGGCUCACAGCAAGUGCUGCUCAUGUGACAAGAACAGUUCCUUGGCCUCGGUGGGGCUGAUCAUGCCACCACCUCUCCAGCCUGAGCUGUCUGGUGGGCAGGUUCUGCUGCCCUGUGCAUGUCAGCUUUGUGUGUCUGUCCCGGGUGAACCAAGUGUCUCUGGUGUCAGCUCUAUCCUGGGUGUUUAUCCCACCAUUCCAGGACCCAACUUGGGGUGUGAGUGUGAAGGUGCAAUAUUCUCUCCUGGGAGAACUAGACACAUGCACACUGCAGCCUUGGCAGGUUUAGGAUGAUAGGACACAAGUCCUGUUGAGUGGGAACACAGUAAGUGGACAUGGCAGCUCACGGAACUCAGGGUUGGUGUUCCCAGGCUGCAGCUUCCAAGUUCUCAGUACAAGUCUGGCCACUCUAUGUGGCCCUGGACACUGCCGCCAACAGCCUGUAGGAGUCGUGUCCUCAGGCACACGUGUCAGCUGUCCCUUUCCUCCUAGACUCUCUCUGCUGGGCCGGCUGUCUGCUUCUUGGGCAGGGAUGCACCACUGCUGCUGUCUUCUGCUGUCUUGCUCCAUGCCAAGCAUGGGGCUUGGCCCCUUGCAGACACCGUGGACCCCCAGAACUGUGGAUGAAUCCUGCAGACUUUCCAGAGUCUGUAUCUCCACGAACCAAAUUCAGAGCCACCACAUUCCCUGUCAUGCACAGCCACCCCGCCACAUCAAUGGCUCUCUUCUUCCCUGUCCUUUGUCCUCCCCUCUCAUUUGUGGCGUCUGCUUUCCCCUUGCCCUUCUCCUUCUCCUUCUUGUGCAGCAUGCUUGCAGGGACCCCAUACUCUCUGAACCUCUGAGCCUUCCCAACACACAGCCCUGAGUCAGGGCUUGCAAUUUACAGUGGAGAAAACAAAUUCAAGGAGGAAAAUGCCAAAGCUCUUCCAAGACCAGACCUGCAUAGCAUUGGAGCAGCCAGGUUAUGCUCAGAUUCUUCUCCCAACAACAGCCAACCCUACUACACAGCGUUUCAGCUCCUAGCCACCAGCCUUAGAGUCAGCUCCAUGCAGGUGAUGAUGGCCAAUGCCUGUGCGACAGUAAGUCAAACCUAAGUGCUUCCCCUCUGCAUGGUUUUCAUUUGUUUCUGGUGGCCCUGGUGGCCCUGACAUUGUUCUGCCCUGCUUGACAGCCUCCCCCAGCUGUGGGGCCUCUUGUGGCAAAGGUCUUAGUUUAUGGAGUUCUCACCAAUGUGGCUGAGCGAGCCCUGGGUCUGAGCUCUGCCCUUGCUCUGUUUGGUACACAGCAGUUGUGACUGACGCCCACCAGUGUGGCAUCUUCAGUAGAGUCGGGUCAUUCCUCUGCUGUCUCAUGUGCCGAGCUGCAGUGUGGUAAGAGGGAGCUCACGGGAACACAAGCUUGGCCUCAAGAGCCUGCAGCUUGAGCUGUGAGUUUGCCGUUCUUACCAGACCAGCAUCUACUUGGACAGGUGUGACUUGGCCGCCAAUAGACUGGAGGAGGCGCCUCUCUUGACUUUGUGUCCCAGGAGACUGUAUGUCACACCCCUGCCACUGUUGUGCCUCUCACAGUGCUAAGUGUAAGUAAGCCCUUCCCUCCUGCUGCAAAGCCCCUGCCCCUGCUUCUGAGAUGGUUUCUGACUUAUGACUGCCAACCUCAUGAUGGUAAGAAAGCAAACAGGUUGUUAUGGCUUGGCAGAAAGUUUGUCUGCAUUUUGC